UUUAAGCUAGUUUUUUUUCUCAUCUACUCUAAAACAAUAUUUUAUUUAUUUUCAUGAGAAAACUGUCAUUGCAUCCUGUCAGUGCGUCCCAAAAUAAACGAGUUUGAGUGAACACCCCUUAACGCUUCAGCUACCACCAGCUCUCUGAAGACUCAAAUAAUUUCACUGUAACUGUGUUCGGCUAUUAGCGCUGUUCUUUGUGAAUUGGACUGUUAGUGCAAUGAGGCUCAUUUGCAUAAAUAGGGCACAUUUUGUCUGGAUUUGACUUCAUUUAAAUGUGUAUAUUUCAUUUGGCAGCAAUUGCACUUUUCUACCUUUUUGUCUGAUUCGUGCAAGUUUAGUAUCCCUAAAAGCAACUCAAUCCUUUAGUGAAUUGGCCCCCCCUCUUUUUCUAACGCCACCUAUUGGCUUUUUUCAGUGCUGCGCUGCUCUAUCGGCACAUGAAACCAAUGAAGCCGAGCCUUUGGGAGUGGGUCUGUUUCUCAGCUCGGGGUUUAUAAAUAGAUUUACAAAGAGCAAUACGCUGCUGCUGUUGUUCCUACAUGAGCUACUACGUAACUCAUCACUGCUUCAGUGAGCCCAUAUUUGGAGAAAGGAUUUGGGAGUUUUUGAAUGGCAGUAGCUCACUAUUUGUGCGAAAAACCAGAAUUAAAGUCAAAACUGAAAUUAUAAUACAUUUUCCCUAGAAAAAGAAACAGUCUGUCUUGACAGUCUGGUCAUUCCCCAUAACUGGGCCAAUGAAAGACAGCUGAAGCUAGCUACCCCCCCUCCCCUAAAUGUCUAUCAGGGCUAACCUUAGCAAGGUAGGCUAACUAGCUAGUUAGCUAAUUUUCGCUUUCUGACUGGAAUGUGAGCUUAAAAGCACGACUGCAUUUCCUAAAUGUUGAAAGUUGUUAAAGUGUUAUCAGUGUAUUUUCCUACUAUUGCUACAUUCCAUUUACCUCGGAAAUUGGAAAUAGGAGCUUGCUAUGACGUCACACCAGAGUUGACUGCGUUCCAGUAUAACAAGUCAGAACACUUAAUGGGGUUUGCUCCAGUCAGGAUAGCUAUUAUUAGCAUUACCAGUUGAUAACGACACAUUACGGCAGUAUUUUGAGCAUACAAACACCACAACUUUCAGAUUCAGAAAGCCGACUUCAGGUGGUGGUCUAGUUGAAAUCAGAAAUUCCGAUUUCCCUUUCCAAAUUGAAUGCAGCAUAUAUUUUUAUGUUGUCAGUUUGACUUAAAGGGUAAAGAGGCAAUAGGUAAGGUUUCAACUGUCCUUUAGAAUAAACUGGUGAUUCCAUAUGAUUCAUAUAGAUGCUGAUAAAUACUGUUGAGUCAUUGAUUAAGACGUUUCAGAGAUUUCGGGUGUGCAAGGCUUUCUCUGUGUUUCUGGUUCUCUCUGUUUUGGAACAACUCUUCUUACUCCUCGGAGUCCAAAGACCCCACUGUCACCACCUCCAUCCCCUCUCCCACCCUGUGGCAUUUUCAACAAUGAAGGCUGGCACUGCAAGUGGGCCACUGGAAAAAAGCAAUGUUGUUAUCACCGUGUUUUGCAUGCUGAUUUGCUAGAUGCUUCUUUUGGAUCUCUGCUCUAAUUAGUUUCCUUGUGUCUAUUGGGAAAUGGAACUACAGUAUUAUUCAUGUGAAUUACAGUCUGUGUUGUUGGACUUCUUUCUGGCCACCAUAACAGUCAGUUAAUGCAACUUUAAAGACCUCACACUGGAUUUGUUAUUGAUUAUAAAAUCUAAUAACUAGAUUAGCAUCAAUCGCACAAGUCUUCUAUUAAAUGUUAACCUUCACAUUUCUCUCCCCGGCAAUUUCCACAGGAUCCUAUUCAUCUCUGCCUCCUACCUAAUGAUACCUUCUGUCUGCUCUGUGUAGUUUUAUUGCAUGGAGUCUCCUCACAUAAUUCUGUGAAUCUUAUUACUACCUUUGCACCUGCAAUGCACCAACACCAGUACAGUAGAUCUUGUUUCUUGUAUUUUAUACCCACUGCUAGAUGGGGCCUGGAUUGUUUUGGAACUUCCCUCCCAAGGCUGGCUGUACGGUUCCACAGAGCCUCCUGCAGACCAUGUUGCUCUCCAGGAUGGCAGGGAUGAAGGAGCAGCAGUUCACGGAGGAGAAGCCCCUGCUGCCGGAGCAGCGCGGUGUGGACUCAGACAUGCAGGAUAAAGGAGAUGAGGCAUCGGGGGGGUUACCGUGCCCCGCAAGCCCGGUGCCCCUUAACCACCCCCCUCCCCCCAGCCGCCCCACUCACCGCUGGCAUGUCAUCGCGCGACACUGGCUCCGCCAGACGCGCCGUCGGGCCAGUGGGGUCCUCCCGGAAAGCUGUGAACAGCUGAUGCCGGCAGGGGAUUGGAAGGAACACGAUGUGGAGACCCCUUACGGGAUGCUGCAUGUGGUGAUUCGCGGGGCACCAAAAGGGAACAAGCCCGCGAUCCUCACCUACCACGAUGUGGGACUGAACCACAAGCUGUGCUUCAACUCCUUCUUCAAUAACGAGGAUAUGCAGGAGAUCACCAAGCACUUUGUGGUUUGCCAUGUCGACGCCCCGGGACAGCAGAUUGGAGCGUCACAGUUGCCACAGGGGUACCAGUACCCUACUAUGGAUCAGCUGGCUGGGAUGUUGCCCACUGUGGUGCAGCACUUUGGGUUUAAGAGCAUCGUGGGGAUUGGAGUCGGAGCUGGAGCUUACAUUCUGGCCAAGUUUGCUCUGAUCUUCCCUGACCUGGUGGAGGGUUUGGUUCUGCUCAACAUUGACCCCAAUGGCAAAGGCUGGAUUGACUGGGCUGCCACCAAGCUGUCAGGUCUGACCAGCGCUCUGCCAGAUACGGUGCUGCCACAUCUUUUCAGCCAGGAGGAGCUGAUGAACAACACAGAGCUGGUGCAGAGCUACCGGCAACAGAUCAACAACACCGUCAACCAGUUCAACCUGCAGCUUUUCUGGAACAUGUACAACAGUCGGAGGGACCUGGAGAUGAAUCGCAGUGGCACGGUGAUCAAUGCAAAGACCCUGAAGUGUCCUGCGAUGCUGGUUGUGGGAGACAACGCCCCGGCUGAGGAGGGAGUGGUCGAGUGCAACUCCAAGCUGGACCCGACCAACACCACCUUCCUAAAGAUGGCUGACUCUGGUGGACUUCCCCAGCUCACACAGCCUGGGAAGCUGACCGAAGCCUUCAAGUAUUUCCUGCAGGGAAUGGGCUACAUCGCUUAUGUGAAGGAUCGGAGGUUGAGUGAAGGGCCAGUGCCCUCCGCCAGCAUGACUCGCCUGGCUCGUUCCAGGACGGCCUCCCUGACCAGCGCCGGCUCCAUAGACGGGUCCCGCUCUCGGGCCUGCACCCAUUCCGACAGCACCGAGGGAGUUGGCACCAUCACCCACACCAUGGAGGUGUCCUGCUAAAGGGUCGGCCAGCCAUUGAGAGAGAGAGAGAGAGAGAGAGAGAGAGAGAGAGAGAGAGAGAGAGGACGGAUGGGGUGUUGGAAAGAUGGAAAGGAUGAGGAGAAUGUGAAGUCAGACGUUGUAGAUAGAACGAAACAGGAAGGUGGAGACAGCUCUCUCUGUCUCCAUCUAUCUCCUUCAGAUCCCUUUGUCUGUCAUCUCCCCUCCACUGUAAGAUACCAUACGUGUUGCUACUAAUACCCCUAACCACACCUUGAAAUAGCCAUCUCAACCUCACCCCCAUCGCCCAGCACUGAAAGAUUUAGGCAACUGAUUUUGUUCUUGAAGUGUCAUUUUUGUGUUAGCUAAUUGUAUCCUCAUUCUUUGCCUGCAAGCCCCCCCCUCCACACAAAAAAGAAGUAACCCUUUCUGUCACCAGUCCAAAACAGCAAUAUAUGAAAUGAGCUGCUGUUAAUAAUGUUAUUUGGAAAUCUGUUAGAGAAGGUUAAAGUGCUUUUCUGUGGUACCUUAAUGAAAAAGUGUUAUGCAUCAGUAUAUUUUGGGAGCGUUUUUUUGUUGUUGUUGUAGUAUGGACAAAUUGUGAGGAUCUCUCUCUCUGUGUCGUUUGUAAGAGCUGGUUAUUUCUCUCCAUGAGGAGAACGGUAAGUGUCAGAGGAUGCGCGUCCAGAGUUUGACAGACAACAGAACACAGCCUAUCGUAGACGAGUGCACCUGUUGCUUAGAGAGGAUUUGUUAGGUUUUGUUUUGUUUAAGAGCAUAGCUAGAGCACACCACACGGAUUUAAAGCUGCACUCAGUGAGAUUUUAUGUCAAACUUGUAAAGUACUCUUAGAGUGCGAAAAAGUGAUAUCGUCAGCAUACAUGCGCAUCAGGCAAGCGCUAACCUCCUCUGCUGAGAAAUGAAGCCAUCGCAGAAGUGACAGAAACUGCAGUUCCUCAAAUGGCCACUUGAGGCGAGUCAAUCCCUGUAGACCUCCAUUUUAAAAUGGCCAACACCACAGCAGAAAUAAACAUGUUACAAUCCUGGUCCAAAAAACAGUUUUGGUCUUUAAAGCGUAUUAUUUGUUUAUGACAGCUGUAGGGCGGUGAAUUUUUAUAAAAGUCUCCCAUUUUAAUUAUAUUAAGGCUUAAACUUAUGUGUAAUUAAGUGUCUUUGGUCGCUUCGGAAAACUAUGGUUGACGUCACGGAGACUACGUACAUAUUUUACACAUGGUUUCAAGCCACCAGUCGUUAAGCGCACUGAGGCAUGAGAAAUGAAUGAUAUUAAUACAUCAAAUGUAACAAUUGUUGCAGCAAACUUACUAUGAAUCACUUGAUCAGUAAGCAACUCAGAGGUGGAAUUGGACUUGUAUUUCCAGACUUCAAUCACUCACUUUUUAAUCACUUUCCAAAGAGAGAAAGCUCAAUUCCAUUAGGCGUGAUGCUGUUUGGAGCAUCAGAAACAGGCUAGGCUGGUAAAAAUCACAUUAGUGCAAUGUUGCUGAGUGCAGCUUUAACCUGUGUCAUCUCACAUUUCUAACCAAAUGAAUAUAUAGUAUUUAUUAACAUGUAUAUGCAUGUGAAUGUGAACGUUAUCUUAGGGCAUUCUAGUAUCCAAGUAGUAUUUAGUAGAAUCACACUCUGACCCAAACCAAACUAGCCCAGGGGGGACCGAGGCAGGACCAGGCCGACCCAACAAACUCUUUUCUAGGGUCACCGCCAAACAACUGGCAGCAGCCUUCCCUUACAGUGCCCAGCCCCUCUCCGCGGAUAUACCAAAGCCCCCUGGUUUCAUGGCUUGGUAAUGUACAGUCUUCAUGUACCAUAUUCACCUUCUCCUGUUUCCAGUUUUACAAAGAAAAACCUUUGGUCCCCUCACACAAGGGGCGUAGCUUCCAAUUGCUGAGGUGUGCGCUUCCCUGAGGUGGCCUGUAAGGGGCGGGGCUUUUUUGGAGCCAUUUGUGCGCCAAGCUCGGAAUGUAGGCAACCCGCAGCCACCUUAAAGAAAAAAAAAAACCUUACCCCUAAAACAAUCACAAGGUGCCCCGGCUCUCACAGGCAAACCUAGUCGCACCCUAAAGGGCUAUCAGCUGAAGUCACUUUUUAAAAUGUUGGUAGUGUUAGUUGUGUUUCUGAGCACCAGGGGGCCCGAGAGACCAGCAGAUAGAAUUUUAUUAUUGUAUUUUAAAGCAAAGAAGACGAAAAGGUAUUUUUACCGAAACAUGGAGAGAGAUUCUGACCUGAAAAAAUAGUGAGUGAAUGAAUGUUAAAAGUAGAAAGAAUGGGAUUUCUGAUGAAGCUAGAGAGAUUAUUGUUGAAUUUAAUUUUGAAAAAAAGGAGAAAUUGGGUGACGAUAUUAGACAGCCAGAUCGGACACCUCAGUUACUCUCAGAACCUCAUGGGUGAAUUUCAUGACCACUGAAGUUUGCAUGUUCACCUCUCAGCGUUUUCUCUCUUUACGAAGCUAUUUUCUGCCAUAUACCGUACACUUAGGUUUCCUCCCACACGACUUCGACCCAAACUGCCCGGGGGGGAUCCUGUAUGUAUUUUGUCCUUCAUCGAAGUGCUGUACAGUAUUGUCAACCCGCACCUCUCAGAACCCCUCACUAUGGUUUGCACUUCUAUCCCUGCCCCGCGUCUUUGAUGUUUAACCCUGAACAUAAAAACCAAGCUCCUUCCUACUAUUCCUCAAGUCUACAAAUAGUGAAGUUCGGUAGCAAUGUGUAGAAAUCAAUAGCUCCUGUGAGCUGGCGCUCAAUCAGUUUGUGUAGACCUUGGUCCUCCUUGCACUUGUAGAUACUUUUCCUUUAUAGAGCAGGUUACCCAAAGCGAACACUCUUAACACACAACUUAAACAUGUUUCUGUUCCUCUUCCCCUGGAGUUUCUUUUUUUAUAGGUAACAAUAGGGUGUAACCUCAUCUUGAUAUAAUGAUAUUGUUUCAUGUGUACUACUACUACUCUUCUUCUUCAUACUGCCAUUUGUAUUGAGCAAUAAGUUCUUUUUUUCUCGUUUGGUUGUUUCAUAUUAUGGGGUCUUCCCCAUGAGCUUGUUUCUAUUCACAACAGUAGGACAGUAGAAGGACUCUUACCUACUUUGCUGUCAUUCAAAUGUGUAAUCAAUAUAUUAUAUACAAAUAAAUAUAAAAAAGCUGUCUCUGUCCAUGUAAUGAUCAAGUAACAAGUAUGAAAUAAAGACUUUAUGUCAGAAGUUA